AUACGUGAUUGUGGUGGAGCGUGACCUGAGUGUGCUCGACUAUCUCUCCCACUUCAUGUGCUGCCUCUACGGCAAGCCAGGGGCAUACAGGGCGGUUUUUCUGCGCUAUCACCCCAUGCACCCACUGCCCUGCCCACUCACUCCCCAUUCCAUCAUCCCCAUCCCCCCCCAGAUACGUCAUUGUGGUGGAGCACGAUCUCAGUGUGCUCGACUAUCUCUCGGACUUCAUCUGCUGCCUCUACGGCAAGCCCGGUGCCUACGGGUGGUCACGCUGCCCUUCUCCGUGCGAGAGGGCAUCAACAUCUUCCUGGCUGGCUUCGUGCCAACCGAGAACCUGCGCUUCCGAGACGAGUCGCUCACAUUCAGGCACACCUUUAGAAUUCAAUCAGCAGUGCGAGGGGGCAUCAACAUCUUCCUUGCCGGCUUUGUUCUGACCGAGAACCUGCGCUUCCGAGACGAGCCGCUCACCUUCAGGGGGACGAAAACCCUGGUGGAUAAUCCUGAGGAGGGAGGCCAAGACGUACAGUCGGUUCGGUACAGGUAUUUGGGCAUGAUCAAGAAGCACGGCGGGUUCAACCUCCUCCUUCCCCUCCCUCACUCCAUUCUUUCACCCCCCUUCAUUCCAUCUCAGGUGGCUGAAACCCCGGUGGAUAAUCCUGAAGAGGCCAAGACGUACACGCGGUGGCUGAAACCCCGGUGGAUAAUCCUGAAGAAGCCAAGACGUACACGCGCUACAAUCGAUAACCCUGAAGAGGCCAAGACGUACACGCGCUACAAGUACCCGCGCAUGGUCAAGAAGCAGGGCGGAUUCAAGCUGACGGUGGAACCUGGUGACUUCACGGACUCACAGAUCGUGGCGGCUCUCUCAAGGCCGGACCCAGAUGAGGAAACCGGCAAGGAGGCCCAAGAUCCAGACGAGGAGACCGGGAAAGAAGCUGAGGACCUCCCGGAGUUCAACGUGUCGUACAAGCCGCAGAAGAUCAGCCGCAAGUUCCCCCUCUCAUACCCUCUCGCUGACCCGGACGAGGAGACCGGCAAGGAGGCCGAGGACCUCCCGGAGUUCAACGUGUCGUACAAGCCGCAGAAGAUCUCCCCCAAGUUCCCCCACAGCAUCGACCCGCUCCUGGACCAGGAGGUGGUGAAUUUGUCGGGUGGGGAGCUGCAGCGCGUGGCUAUUACCCUUUGUCUGGGAAAGAUCGACCCCCUGCUCGACCAGGAGGUGGUGAAAAUCUCAGGAGGGGAGCUGCAGCGCGUGGCCAUCACGCUGUGCCUUGGCAAGAUCGACCCCCUGCUCGACCAGGAGGUGGUGAAUUUGUCAGGAGGAGAGCUGCAGCGCGUGGCUAUUUCCCUCUGCCUUGGGAAGCCUGCCGACAUCUACCUCAUAGACGAGCCCUCGGCCUAUCUGGAUUCGGAGCAGCGCAUCGUGGCAGCCAAGGUGAUCAAGCGCUUCAUCCUGCACGCCAAGAAGACGGCGUUUGUGGUGGAGCACGACUUCAUCAUGGCCACGUACCUGGCGGACCGCGUCAUCGUGUACGAGGGGCAGCCGUCGGUGGACUGCACGGCGCGCACGCCCCAGUCGCUCAACAGCGGCAUGAACCUCUUCCUCUCGCAACUGGACAUCACGUUCCGGCGCGACCCCACCAACUUUCGGCCGCGCAUCAACAAGAUGGAUUCUGUCAAGACCAGCGAGCAGAAGAAUGCCGGCACCUACUACUACCUGGACGACUGA